AUGUCUCAGUCAGGAUCUGUUAGGUCUCUUCGCCCCAGUCCAGAUAGGAAGGCUUCGUGGACGCAAGUUCCUCUCCCCAGAAGCCCUGCUUUUGGAGGUCGCAGUUCUUUCCAACCUCUUCCCAGGAGUCCUGCUCUGGAGGUUCGCGCAGAUCUGUCUGCUUUACAGUCUGUGCCCGGGAGCCCAGGCCAAGAUGCCCGCUCGAACUACUCUACAGUUCAGGCCCAGCCGUACUCUGGAAGCCCUUCUUUGAAAGCUCGAUCAAGUGUAUCGGCUCUGCCUAUGUCUAGGAGUCCUUCAGUGAGGAGCCGUUCGAAGCUCUCUGCGCCAGAACAAGAACGCCCCCAUCAUCAGAACAAACAAAAGAACCAAUGGCUGAAAGAAGCAAGAGAGAGCACUGCGUACUUCAAGAAGCACGGUUCUCCUGUUCCUUUGGUUUGGGUUUUGGUGGAGAACAAUUACAUCCCCCCAAAUGCAAUCGCGUUCGAAGAGGAAUCCCAGGGUCCCCUUUUUAUUGCCCGAGCACUCCUUGAAGUGUACUUAGGCAAAGCUGCUCGGCAUCUAUCAGGAGGUGCGCUCAUUAACUUUGGGGGCCGUGAAAUUACGGUUUCUAAUUAUGAAGUGUUGGUGUGCACAUCUCAGCUCCGAUGGGGCCUUCCACAGCAGGAAAAUUUCAACCUUCUACCACCAGGUUCUGUAGUCCUUUCGCAGAAGGGGUCCUUAGGCUAUGCAGAUAUUCCUCGAGUGAUCCCUGAUGGUGCCGUGGUCACCCCACCUCCAGAGAGAAAUUCAUAUAAACGACUGGCAGAAAUAAAAACCGUCAUCCUUGUUGACGACUCCUUAUCUAUGGGAGGAGGGUUAUGGGAACAAGCUCGCGAAGCCCUGGCUGGUGUAGCUGACUUGGCUGCGCAACACGGUUCCAAAGGAAUUGAUCUCUUCUUCCUCCAUAGCUCUGGAUACAACCCGAAUUUGAAGACAAGGCGCGAUAUCGAGGGUUUAUUCAACUCGGUGGCACCGGAAGGAGAAGAUACGCCAACUGCUUCAAAAUUGGAUGAGAUCAUCAAUUUCUAUCUACCAUUUGUCGAGCGUAAAAAUAUCCAACAAGAACCCAUUAGGAUUGUAGUGAUUACUGACGGGGCAGCAACUGAUCAAGAGGACUUCCCGAGGAGCAUUGUGGAAGCCGCGCAGCGCCUGGAAAGAGCUCAAGUUGCAGGUAACAUGUUUAAUAUCGUCUUUGUGCAAAUUGGCGACGAUGAGGAGGCGAGAGUUGCACUACACGAGCUAGACGUACACCUGGCUGAAGCAUAUCAAAUACGGGACAUGGUCGGCACCAUACCAUUCGACCCGAAUCGCGGCACCUUCGACGCUUACUUCAUGGUCAAAAUUCUCAUUGGUGAAGAAAACGCACCAUAAUGGUACUCACUAUUCUUGCGGUGCCCGGCUGUGUAUGGGUUUUCUUUUUCUUUUGCAUUUUUUCUGUUCUUUACACAAUGUUAUUGAAACCGUUUACCUCCCCUUCUGUUAUAUCGGCUACUAGUUUGCCUCAUGUUUCCAUGACUUCAAGAUCUGUAUACUACCGACGAAUAUCACUACCUAAUGUCAAGCAAUCGCUACAACAACUUCCACACGAA